AUGUCGUUUCCUCCUCCUCGUUUCCCCUCUGAACCGGUCAAAGAUUCGACCAAUUCGACCAGCAGCGCUAUCUCUGGCGUUUCUCAGCCUACCAGGCUGAUCAUGGAGCGACGAGAGGACGGCCGACCCAUCAUAUCGCGUCCCGUCCCGCAGUCGGCGCCGAGUCGACUGCUCGAGCCUUUCCGAGACCCGCCGAGCCGCUUGCAACCGAUGCAGGGCUUCGUCAACUCGGGCGCCAAGCGCAGCUUUAGCACCUCCAACGCCUCGGACCAUUAUGAGCCCAAGGGCAAUGGCGACGGCGCUGGCGACGGAGAGAAGAGGGGACGCGAGCGCGAACAAGUCGAGCAGAGGAACGGCCAGCCGGUCGAAGCGCCGUCGCAGAAGCGUGCUAGAAUCGCCGGUCCCUCUGAGUCCAAGGGCCAGAACGAGUCCACAUCCGACGACGACGACCAGAGUUCGCAGGAUCGCUGCCUGUACGAAGCUCAUCGGCACGACAGGGAGCGAGAAGAACGGGGUCGCCCGGCAGCUGACGCCGAGGUGUUGCCAUCGCAAGACGAGCCGGGCCAAAAGCUAGACCACCAGGCCGAAGCGAAUGCAAAGCUGGCCGCGAAGAAAGCCGUGCUGGCCGCAAAGAAGAAGGUGCUGGCCGCGACGAAAGAGGAGCUGGCUACGGCGCAAAAGGUGCUGGCCGCGACGAAAGAGCUGGCUGCGGCACAAAAGGUGCUGGCCGCGACGAAAAAGGAGCUGGCGCAGGCGCACGAGGAGAUCAGGAAGCUCGAGGGACGAGGCGACGCCAAAGCGGACAAGGCCUCAAAGCCCCACUAA